GUGUGUGUGUGUGUGUGUGUGUGUGUGUGUGUGUGUGCCGGCCGGUGGCUGCGCACAUGCUCAGUUGAGGUUAUUUUUGCGCACGGAGGCUUUAAGAGCUCCGGGCUGCAGGAGCCGGCAGCAGAGACCCGGAGAGAGAAACACCGGGAGCAGCGCAGACAGCUGGCCCAGCAGCGGUGCGUCUCUCUCGGAUGAACCUACACCGAAACACCCCGCCGCCCCGGCUCUUCGGCUUGGGCACCCGGAGCUAAGGCGCAUGUGCCAAACGCUUUUACGCGCAACUUAAAGACUCUUUUUGAUAACAUUUCCCAUCAUGGUGCUGGGCAAAGUGAGGGUCUUGGCCAUCUACUUCGACAGCCUGAAUGAGAACAACCUGCCCGCUUUCUCUGGGGGGGAUCUGGUGUCUGGGAGGGUGGUGGUGGAGGUGACCGGGGAUGUGCGGGUGAAGAGUCUGGAUGUGACCGCACGAGGGGUCGCCAAAGUCCGAUGGACCGAGUCUAGAAACACCGGGGCCAACACGGCUUACACCCAGAACUACACCGAAGAGGUGGAGUAUCUGCACCACUACGACACCCUGAUAGGAGAGGAGAGAGACGAGGACUGUCCGGAGGAAGGUCUGACGGUUCUGCACGCCGGAUUACACGAGUUCGCCUUCAGCUUCAACCUGCCUCAGAUGGCUCUGGCCACGUCCUUCGAGGGGAAGCACGGCAGCGUCCGGUACUGGGUGAAGGCGGAGCUGCACCGGCCCUGGCUGCUGCCGGUCAAAGUGAAGAAAGAGUUCAUUGUGUUCGAACACAUCGACAUCAACACGCCGCUGCUGCUGGCUCCUCAGGCCGGGUCCAAAGAGAAGACUCUGUGCUGCUGGUUCUGUGCCUCAGGCCCGAUCUCCCUCAGUGCCAAGAUCGAGAGGAAGGGCUACACCCCAGGCGAGUCGAUCCAGAUCUUCACCGAAGUGGAGAACUGCUCGUCCCGGGUGGUGGUUCCCAAGGCGGCGCUGUACCAGACGCAGACCUUCUUCGCCAAGGGGAAGGGGAAGCAGAUCCAGCAGCUGGUGUCCAACCUGAGGGGCGACCCCCUCCCACAGGGCAAGAGCCAGAGCUGGGAGGGCAAGCUGCUGAAGAUCCCCCCCGUCUCCCCCUCCAUCUUGGACUGCCCCAUCAUCCGGGUGGAGUACGUCCUCGUGGUGUAUGUGGACGUACCCGGCGGGUUGAAUCUGUCUCUGUCGCUGCCGCUGGUCAUCGGGACGAUCCCUCUGCACGCCACCACCUCCAGAACCUCCAGCAUCAGCAGCUCCUGCAGCAGCUGGAUGGGCCUGACGGAGAGACCCGAGGCCCCCCCGAGUUACAGUGAGCUGGCAAUAUCAGAGGCUCACAGGAGGGACUGUCUGCACGGCUGUGAUAGGUCAGGGGUGGGGGGGGGCGAGGACCAGGGAUCUCUGCUCACUUACAUCACAGAGUUCAGAUAUCUGCCCCCCCCUCUCUACGCUGAGGUGGAUCCGUACCCGGACCCCGUGGAGGUGUUCGGGGCUGCGGAGGUCAGGCGGCCCGACACGUGUCCGUCCCGCUGACGAGCUCCGAGCUGACGGGGCUUCUGCACAAAAACAAGACACCGUCACCCUGCAGCCGCACAGCCCCCAGAUUAUAUAUCACGUUGAAAAGGCCAGACCCUCAUGUGAGUAGGGGGGAGGGAGGGGAGGCAGCUGACAGAGUAUUCGGUGACGUAUGGACCAGGGAUUCUUUUGGAGCUUUGGAUCAUCGAUAUCCUGCGCUCGAGAUGAGGCAACAAAAAAAGUUCUCUGAAACCACUGUAGGCUCCGAGGAGGCACGCUAAGAUCUCAGGGAGCGUUACAGUGAAUUUUGCACAUACCGUUAUUACUGUUUUUCUAUUGGGAAUGGGAAGGUGCAUAUCUUUGGAGGAUUGCAUCGAAAUCUAUCAGCUUUUACUAAACCAUUGCUAGAUGUGUUUUCGUCCAAAAUGCAUUAAGUACGCGGGGAAUAUUAAUGAGCUUUCAGCAGUUAGGGGAGCGUUGUGUGGUUGAUAAGAGUCGUCUUUACUUAGGAAUUAAGAGAAGAACUGCGCCAAUCUGGUGUUUGGAGCUAUGGUUGGGGUACAGUUUCUGCUAAUUUGGACGCUGGUGUCUAACUUACAAUACAGGAUGUUCACAUCGACAGGCCCAAUGACUGUACAGUCAUCAGGAAGUCUGAUAGCUAAUGUGAUGCUAACGGAACUGUAACGAAACGUCGGGGAGUCAUGCGCAGUUAAUCCACCGCUACAUGGAUGUGUACUGCGAUAUUUCUAGCACACAUGUUCAGUAUCUCCUGCUGACGUUGGCUAAUGCUGUGCCUUAAUUUGGAUGCUAACAUUAGCUUUUCAUCUGAGUGCGUCCCGAUGCAGAGUACGGCACUAUGAGUACCGGGUGGGGCCCUUGAGUGUGGACACGCUGGACAACUCUCACUCAGCGACCGCCAGCUCGGCCUCACAGUGACUAGCCACGAUUGCC